UCUGGACUUGAGCAAAACUUCAUAUAUCUGGCGGCGGCUUCGAGCUGAUUCACGAGCUACGGGAAGAAAUGGCGACGAGAAACCAUUAAAACAGGAGGAGGGAGGAUGUCUGUGGAGGUGGACGCAUUGCUGCAGGAGGCGAAAGAAAGCAUAGAGGCUGCCCAGAACUACCGCAGUGAACUACAGCAGCGCCUGCAUGGCCUCAGCCAGGCCCGAAAACAGGUGCGGGGGAGCUCAGGUCAGGCCCGUGAGGCCCUCCGGAGGCACUUUGCAGAGCUGCAGGCGGCAGCAACACGACUUCUGACGGAGCGACUGGCUUCCCUGCUGGCUGAAGUGGAUUCCAUGGAAGCUGACAGUGUCAAACCGCUGGAUGACUGUCAGAGCCUCAUUGAGCAUGGGGUGGGCCAGGCCGACGAGCUGCUGAGAGAGGGGGAAGCAGCUCUACGUUGUGGUCUCGGGGAGAAGGAGGACAAACUGGGCAGUUUCACCAAGAAGGCCAUGCACAUCCAGCUGGACAGUCUACCAGAGGUACCAGCGUUAGUGGACGUGCCGAGUGUUUCAGCCCAGCUGGACGACUCCCUGCUGGGGCUGAUAAGGGAAAGGGUCUCACGCCACGGCUCCGUCUCCUCCCACCCACCCGUCCAGAUAGACGAGCUGCAGGAGAGGCCGGGGAGUAUUCUGGUCCGCUGGUGUAAGGUGGAUGAGGACUUUGCAGCUGCAGAUUAUCGACUGCAGUACCGCCGAUCAGGCAGCGGGGGCAGCCAAUAUGAGGAUUCCUACAUUGGUCGGGAUAGUGAGUUUCUGGUUCUCCACAUGGACCCUCACACAGAUUACCUGUUCAGGGUCUGCGCCCGCGGGGAGGGUCGCACAGAGUGGAGCCCCUGGAGCAUCCCACAGACGGGAUACACCACACUCGCACCGCACGAGUGGCGUCCAGGCACUGAGGGCUACAUUCUGAGCAGCAGGAGAAACAUCGCUCUAUGCAACGACUCUUCCCAGACCCGCUGCCAAGUCCUCUACUCCAACGCACCCACCUACUUCUGUGGUCAGACACUGACCUUCAAGAUCUCUGCAGCAGGUCAGAUCGACCGAAGGGACAGCCUGGGCGUGUGCGUGGACAACCAGAGGGGGGCGGAGUCUCUUCAGAAAGACCAGGCCGUCUGCAUCUCCACCAACGGUGCUGUCUUUGUAAACGGUAAAGAGAUGACCAACCAGCUGCCCGCCAUCACCACCGGCUCUGCUGUGACCUUUGACAUGGAAGUGGUGAACCUGUUUCCAAUCAGCAACAAUAACCUGAGCGAGGGGUGCAACUUUAAGCUGAGGGUGACCAUUGGCUCAGGGAACCGGGAGGUGGUGUUUGAUUGGCUGGUGGACCAGGCGGUGGACUGCCUCUUCUUCGGCUGCUCUUUCCUCCACUCGGGCUGGAAGGUCCUUGUGUUUUAAGAGUCAUUCUGUCGAUCUGCUGGAGUUUGGGAGCUCCGUUAUCUUCAGAUUCGUCAUUCUUCUUCUGUUCUUUCACCUCUUCCAUCUGAAUCAUCUGCAGGGCGACUGCAGAGUCUGGGGAAACAACAGAAAACAUCUGUCAUGUCUACCCAGAAUUUCAGAAAUGUAACAACAGUUAACCCUCAAACAUAUUUCUUCACAUCACAAAUAUCCAUCAGUUUCUGUCCAGGUAGCCUGGAGAGAUCCUGCAAUUCUGUCGUGUAUUUUUUAAGAAGAUGAAGAUUAAAAUUCCUGUCGAGACAUCUUUAGCUGCGAUUGUAUGAUGAAGCACAAAUGGAAGCUAAAAUACAGAAUCAACAUAUUGCAAAACAUAAUGUCCCGAGUACGGUCAAGUACGACUUUCGCCAUUUUUUCAAUCUUCAUGAUUCUAGAGCCAAACAUGGAGGUAUAGUAUACUUUUUUAAAAAGCGGUGAGAAUAGCUCAUGCUGCACCAGGAGGAGUAAUUUUUCAGAACCGAUGAACAGGAAAGACGAGUUAAAAAAAAUGUUGCGUUGCAUUUAUCAGAUGUUUAUUUCUUUAAAAACAGAAGCUUGUUUCCUUUCCUCAGGAAAAUUCUGUUGGUUUACAUGCGCUUAGGUAACUUGGUUGCUGUUGGCUUUCUGUAAUAAAAUGAAUAUGCUACUUGCUCAACAAGCCCAGUCUUUGUAAUAGACGGUCAGCACAAGCUGAUUCAACUAGUGAGAUUUCCUCUGUAGAAAACUGAUUUCUCACCCGGGUGACUCGCCUUACUAGGGGGGUGGGGGCAUGGAUUGGAUACCAUGAAUUACUCCAAAAAUGUCAACGGAAAACCCCAUUUCUUACAAUGUUAGAGAAAGUGAAAACAUUUUCUGAUUUCUCCCCCCCCGGAUCCAAAUCCGUACCGGAAGAGUUCUUAGGUCCCACCGCUCCACAACAUUUCAUGGAAAUUGGCUGAGGAGUUUUUGAAAAAUCCUGCUAACAAGCGAAAACAUCUCCUCCUUGGUGGAGGUAAUACAAAUAUUGUUUUGCUGGUACCAGGAGCAACUAACUUCUACCAAUGCAGCCAUUUUUCUUUUUUACACGUACUGAACCUUCCCCAUUAUGAAUGAGUUUUUCUGACACCUGCGUCCUCUGAGUGACUCAGUUUCUUGAGUGCAUGUAGACGUGGCAGUGACGAUGUCUGAGCCUUUUCCAGGACACAGACGUGAUUGAUACUUUUUUUCCCCUCCAGACUCUUUGCAAACCUCAUCAGUGUCGAGCGUCUUCAUGUAGAAACGAUCAAGUUCCUGUUCAGUUGUCAGGAAGCUGUGUUGUUUUCUUUAGGCUGUUGUUUAAAGCUGUUUUAUUUGUCCAUGUAUCUAUGUGUUGUUUGUUUAGCCAUAGUAACAGUUUAACGCAGCCCGAUUGGACACACACUCUGUUCCCAGGUCACGUGAUGAUAAAUGUUUGUUUGUUUGUUUUUUGGAGCAGAAUUGUUACGAUUUGCCGCUGCCUCUUUUAACGGUUUAAACUGAUAAACCUGCUGGUGUUUUUUUUAAAUCAUCAUUAUUUGUUUAUUUGAACGAAAAAAAAAUCACUGUGAAAGUCA